CACUGCUGCCUUGCAACAUGCCAUCUAUGCCCACAAACAAAACUUUCUUAAUCGACCAAACCACUUUUUCUAUGUAUAAUCUCACCUAUAUAUAUAAAUCAUGGCCAAAGAAACGAUUCUGCGCAUACCAAGAAGUGAUAGUCCUGGAGACUUUAUUUUGGUUAAGGUAACUAGGCCAGGUAGCUCAGAGCUUGACCUCAAGCUGGUUGCCACAGAGGGGGAAGCUCCGUAUAGAGGUUCAGUAAAAUCCGCUCAAAUCGACAAACUGCGUGCCAAAAAUUACCAUGGCGCUGACGACGAGUGGACGGGUAUUCUUGCAUACGCGCUUGGGCAGAAGCAGUCCGCAUCGGUGCCUGAAGAGCAUAAGUCUGGGCUGGAAAUUGCAGCCACUGUGAAGCAAGACGAGGAUGAUGAGAGCGAGAAGGAUAUUGUCAUCAGUCUGAGGAAGAGAAUAGAUACAAUCACGCAAAGAUUGGGAACCAUCUCCCUCAAGCAGGAUGACGAUCAGGCCAUUCAACUUUUCGACUGGACUGGGAUGGCGGUGGCGCGAGCGGAUGGGCUGGAGGAUGAACUGGCCUCCUUAACUGCGAAAUAUGAUGCCCUAGAGAGCACCAUUAACAAACUGAAUUCACAAUUGAAGGAACUAAUAAAGGCCAAAACGGAGCAUGAAGAUCAGUUGAUCGCCAAAUUUGCCCAGCUAUUAAAUGAAAAGAAGUUGAAAAUUAGAAAUCAACAACGCUUGCUCGCGUCGGCAAAGAUUGAUCCAUCCAAAGUGGAUGAGAUGAGCGCUUCCGCUCCAUCAGAAACUGGGAGUACAAAGCGGCGCGGUAAGCGCAAAGCCGAAGAACCCGCCGUAUCGUCAGAGAGCGAGGGUGGUUUUGAUACAAUGGAUGUAGACAAAGCUAGAAAACAGGGUAAAGCUAAUAGGGAUACUGAAAAAGAGGAUGAAGGAGAAAACGAGGACCUCCUUACGGAAUCGGACGGGCAAGAAACCCCGGAUCCACUCGAAGAUGAAACUGCCACUGAAGACGAAGCAGAUGAGCCAACAAAAGCACCCAGCCCUCCCCCAACAGUGAAUGGUGGAAAGAGAGCUACACGUUCAUCGUCCAAACAACCGACAUCGUCGACAACAACGACGAGGAAAACGACAACAUCGAGCCCUCCGCCACGCCGGGAGCUUCCAUUUACCAGGAAGAGGGGACCUGUGAAACCUACUCCUGUGGUGGGCGAUGAUUCUGACGAGGAUGAUGAAUUGUGAUGAUUUUUACGGUGGACAUUGAGCCAAUGGCACAAAUUUCCUAUCUUUGCAGCUUAAGGCCAAAGUUAAUAUGGUAUUAAGGUAAUAAGCGCACAAUCGUGACAACUCGCGGAAAGGCCCGUCUAUAUCAGAUGACGACGACGAUGAUUUAGUUGAGUCCAUGGCUGACUUCUUACCUGGUUCUUCAAAUUCUUAUUUAUUUCCAUGAUUGGAUAAAUGAUUUACUCUUAAAUGUUGCAGAUGGUUAAAAGCGAUAGAUACCCUUCUACGACUGUGUACCCAAAUUCCUGCUCUUGCCCCACUUCUUGGACUGUAUCAUGAUAUCAAACAAACCCCUAUUGUUUUGCUAGAGAAUAUCCACGUAUCUUCCUCAACGAAAACUUCAAUAGAAAGUCCAAUUUAAGUCUUGUACUCCCGCAUAAGUAGCAAAAAGACGAUUUAUGUAUUCCUGGCUCAUUUGUCCUAUCGUGCCCUGUUCCCUGAACAGCUAAGAAGGUGUAAUGAAGCAUUGAGGAAUACGACAACGGGGAGAACAAGACAUGCAGACUAUAGUAAACCCCGUACGGAGCACAUGCACAUCCAUAGUUCGAGUCAAAUGAUCUCCUUUCCGCGCUUAUUCUCACUCUCUACUUUAUUUACCACCAGUUCG